AUGAGCGUGCGCAAGGCACACAACUCCGGACGAAACCAUCUCAGAAACGUCGUCGAAUACUAUCAGCAAAUCGGACAGGAAAAGGCACAAUCAGUCAUCGACUCCAUCACGUCUUCAUACGCUGCUGAGGGACAGGCUGUUCCAAACCCCGCCAUGGUUCCGCCAGGUGCUUACCCGCCUCCGUUUGGAUUCCCAGGCCAAUUCCCCCCUCCUCCAUUCGGUAUCCCUCCUCCCGGCCCAGGCGGCGCCGCCAUGCCACCACCCCCCGGAGCACGAGGUCUCCCCUUCCCCCCUCCCUUCCCGCCAACGUCCGGCCCCAUGGGCGCACCUCCCGGAGCAGGCCCCGCCGGCCUUCCACCCCUCCCCAACAUGCCAAACAUGCCUCCGAACAUGGCCGCGCUCCCAGGUUCUGCACCGCCCCCCGGCCAGUUCCCUCCCCCGCCAGGCGGCUUCCCCGUCCCGCCUCCAAACUUCCAGGGCGGAUUCCCUCCCAUGCCUGGUGCGCCUGGUCCGGGACCUGCAGGAUUCAGCCCCAGCCCUGGACUGUCCGGGCCACCUGGUGGUGGUCCCGGAGCCGAUGGGCCAGGAGGAUUUGCGCCCCCGCCUGGGAUGGGACCCGGUGGGUUCUCGGGACCGCCGCCGGGUAUGGGCGAUAGGCGAUGA